AUGGCGGCUCGCACUAACAGGGAUCUGGAUGACUCAAUUAGUGAGACAUUGUCGCGCCGCGACACCCAGACCACCAAGAAAGAGAAAGUUACACUUGGGACCAGAUUAAAAAAAAUAUGGCAGAAAACUGGGUUGGAUCAGCAAACCAUUGUGCUGAUGAUGAAGGGUGGCUUGGCUCCGGCAAUCGCCGUAUCCAUCUACCAAGCCACGGAUGUGGCAGAUGAGUACACCACUCUCGGCUAUCUUAUAGCGAUCGUAUCUAUUUUGGGAUUUGCUAUCAUGCCUCGUGCCAAGUUCAUUCAGAUGAUGAUCUUUGACGUGUUGGCUGUCUGUAUAGCAUCAUGCUUGGCGUUGUUGACCAUGUACUGCAGCGUCAAGGCACGCCAGCAUACCCAAAACGGGUCGACCUCGUCGUACAAUUCAUCCGCAUCGGCAGUCAGUGCGGUUUGGCUGUUCUUUCAGAUUUGGCUUGUCCAUACUUUCCGCGCCAAAUACCCACAAUUCCAAUUUCCAGUGGUCCUCUACUCCAUUUUUGCCAACGUCUCAUCCAUCUACGCCCCACAGGAAAAAAACAUGGCCUCUUCAAUAGCACUUGUCUUGAAGCUGCUGAAGACCUUUCUCACUGGACUGGCCUUGUCAAGUGGAGUUUCUCUCCUCGUCUUUCCGAUGACUUCGAGAAAAGCAGUGUUCAAACAGAUGGGUGGCUAUAUUGGAAGCCUUCGAGCUGCGUUAGGCGCUCAUGCCGUGUACUUUGAAACGCUGGAAAAGGAUGAUAUGUUUGGCCGAGCGGAGACCUACGACUCAUCCCAAGAGAAAUGGGGAAAGAAGGGGAAGGUGUACAGCCCCGAGGCGGAAGCCAUCCGUGGCGCGGUCCGAGCAAUUACCGAUCUCCAUGCGAAGCUUCACGGCGACUUGACCUUUGCUAAAAGAGAAUUCGCACUUGGGAAAUUGGGACCAGAUGAUAUUCAAUCCAUCUUUCGCCACUUGCGACAGAUUAUGGUUCCCGUGGUGGGGUUGAGUUUUGUUGUCGAUAUCUUUCAAAGACUAUCGGACUAUAAUCGGUGGAAUGAGCCUAUUGAUGCAAAUUCUGAAGCUAUUCCCGACCAUGUUCGUGAGCAGGUUGUGCGAGAUUGGAAUGAUAUCAUGAGGGCAGUGCAUGACCCUUUUGCAACCAUGAUCCAGACUAUCGAUGAGGGAUUGCUACAUAUCUCGUACGUUCUUCAUCUCACCAAGCGCCCUAAGAGAGUCGCCGUGGCAAUGAAUAGUGAAGGCACACAGGAAGACGAAAAGGACGUCGAAGCAUCUGCUGAUAACACCGCACCGGGCGACAAGGGAUUUGCGGCGCACUAUCAGCAAAAGCUAAGUGCGUUCCGAAGCGCAAAGAAAAUUGCCUUGCAAACCUGGGCUGAAGAAAAGGGGGUCUCCUUGCCACCUGACUUUUUUGAACACCCACCGGUUGACAGCUUGAAGGGCGAUUUCUUUGAUGCCUCAGCCUCAUACCAAGACCGCAGUAGACGCCAGUUGUACCUGUUCCUCUACAUGGAGCAGCUCCUGUCCUCGACCGGCCAGACUGUUCUCGGAUUUGUCGAAUAUGCCGAUGGCGUUGCUGCCAAAGGGAAAUUGUCCCGGACUCGGCUUAUCAUCCCUGGUUUCAAGCGGAGUUGGAAAUGGGCUAAAACCUUUUUGAGUGCCCAUGAUCACCAUGAAGAUGAUCAUAUGGGAGACAUUCAUACUCAAAGUACUUCUCUCGAACUUGGAGAAGCUUAUCGGCACCGCAAAGACCCUGAGCAUUUACCCCCAGCGAAUUUAUUCCAAGAACUUGGGGAUCGGGUUCGAGUAAUUCCACGCUUCCUUCGCUCAUUUGAAUCUUCUUACGGAUUUCGUGUUGCGUGUGCAACAAUGACUAUUGCAGUCAUUGCAUUCUUACAUGACACCCAGGAGUUCUUUACGAAGCAGCGGUUAGUGUGGGCCAUGAUCAUGGUCAAUCUGAGCAUGUCCCCCACCUCGGGACAAAGCAUCUUCAGCUUUGUUCUCCGCAUCGCUGGUACUACGAUUGCAAUGGUUGUAAGUCUGUUAAUCUGGUACAUCCCCGACCAAAAGACACCUGGAAUCAUUGUCUUCCUUUUCAUCUUCGUCUCCAUCGGCUUCUACGUACCAAUCAAGCUAUUCCGGUUUCGCGUCGUUGGAUUGAUCAGCGUCGUCACAACCACCAUGAUUAUUGGAUACGAGCUCUCUGUCCGAAAGGUCGGUGAGGCAGUUGCAACCUCGAAUGGGCAAGCUUACUAUCCCAUUUAUGAGCUUGCGCCGUAUCGCCUGGCCGCAGUAAGCGGCGGUAUCUUCGUGGCGUUUAUCUGGACGUUCUUCCCCUACCCGAUUUCCGAACACUCGGUACUACGACAGAGUCUAGGAGCUUCUCUGUAUCUGUUGGCGAACUAUUACUCUAUUAUCCACGAGACGCUGAACGCGCGUAUCCGUGGUGACGAAGGCGAUAUCACUUUGAAAAGUUCCGCCGGUCGCAAGCUAGAGAAGGCCCGUCAUAAGGUCUUUUCCAAACAGAUGCUCAUGUUAGCUGGUCUGCGCACUUACUCCGGAUUUCUUACUUGGGAAGUUCCUGUCGGCGGAGUGUUCCCCAAAAAGCAAUACGACUCGAUUAUUCUAUGCGUCGAAAACAUCGUGAGCUAUCUCAGUUUACUUGGUUACGCCUCUGACUCGAUGAUGCGUCUGAACGAUGACGAUGAUGAAUCGGGAUCAGUUUGGAUGCACGACUUCCGCCGCCUCGUCGGUACCGCCAAGGUUACUACCCACGAGGUGACAUCCCUGCUAUGUCUUCUAUCGGCUAGUAUUACAAAUAGCCAACCUUUGCCGCCGUAUCUGAAAACACCAAGGCCCUAUAGCUUUUCCAAGCGCCUGGAGGCGCUCGACAAGGAUAUCUUGAGCAUCAAGCACAUUGCCGAACCAGGUUUCGCAACGUUUGCCGUAUUACAGAUUUCCACCCGUUGUAUAGUCGGAGAUGUGGAAAGACUCAUGUGGCAAGUGAAAGAUUUGGUUGGAGAACUGGACUUCUCUUUCCAUGCUGUCAGUACUACAGAUGGCAUCACACAUUCUCGAAUGACGUCCCGAGCUCCAUCGAAAGUGUCUCUUCAUGAAACACAGGCCGCGGAUCGUAACAAGACGGAUUGA